AUGUCCCUCGUCCACCUCUCCCACGUCUGCUCGCACCUCUCCAACACCUCCAAAGCACGUCUAGGCCUCACCUCCGUGCCCUCCACCAACAUGAUCCUAACCAUCUCCCUCGCGCUUCAACAAGCCGGCUUCCUCUCCUCCGUCACCCGCGGCGGCCUCACACCACCCCCCCUCGAUGACCUCUCCUCCUAUAUCCCGGAACCUGUCACACAAGAGAACAUAAGCACGCGGCGGCUGUGGCUGGGUAUGAAGUACUGGGACAACGAGCCGGUGUUGAACAAGAUGAGCAUGGUUAGCAAACCGACGAAGAGGGUGUGGAUGGAUGUUGAAGGGUUAGGAAAGCUGAUUAGAGGACGGGAUGCGGGGUUUGUGGCGGGAUUAAGGAAGCCGGGGGAGUGUUUGUUUGUUAGCACUGAUAGGGGGAUUAUGGAGAGUAGGGAGUGUGUGGAGAGGAAGGUGGGCGGGAUGCUGUUGUGUAGGGCUGUUUGA